GCCAGCAAUCCCGGGGUCCCCCUACUGCGCAUGGCACGUUGCGUACCUCCAUCCCGGCAACCGGCCUGGCGGCGGCGAGGCCAUAAACUAAGGAGGCGGAGCUGAGACGGGGUCGGGGCAGCUUGCUAACGCCAAGACCAGGUUUAAUUUUUUUUAUUUUGACACUGACAUAGGUCUACACAUUAGGAACUCAUGUCUUUUCUUGUAAGUAAACCAGAGCGAAUUAGGCGGUGGGUCUCGGAAAAGUUCAUUGUUGAGGGCUUAAGAGAUUUGGAACUAUUCGGAGAGCAGCCUCCGGGUGACACUCGGAGAAAAACCAAUGAGGCGAGCUCAGAGUCGAUAGCAUCCUUCUCUAAACAGGAGAUCAUGAGCAGCUUUCUGCCGGAGGGAGGGUGCUAUGAGCUCCUCACCGUCAUAGGCAAAGGAUUUGAGGAUCUGAUGACAGUGAAUCUAGCAAGGUACAAACCAACAGGAGAGUACGUGACAGUACGAAGGGUUAAUCUAGAAGCUUGUUCCAAUGAGAUGGUGACAUUCUUGCAGGGGGAGCUUCAUGUCUCUAAACUCUUCAACCAUCCCAACAUCCUGCCAUAUCGAGCCACCUUUAUUGCAGACAAUGAGUUGUGGGUUGUCACAUCAUUCAUGGCAUAUGGUUCCGCAAAGGAUCUCAUCUGUACACACUUCAUGGACGGCAUGAAUGAGCUGGCGAUUGCUUACAUCCUGCAGGGGGUGCUCAAGGCCCUGGACUACAUCCACCACAUGGGAUAUGUUCACAGGAGCGUCAAAGCCAGCCACAUUCUGAUCUCCGCGGAUGGAAAGGCCUACCUGUCUGGCUUGCGCAGCAACCUCAGCAUGAUCAACCAUGGGCAGCGGCAGCGUGUGGUCCACGAUUUUCCCAAGUACAGUAUCAAGGUUCUGCCUUGGCUCAGCCCGGAGGUCCUCCAGCAGAAUCUUCAGGGUUAUGAUGCCAAGUCUGACAUCUACAGUGUGGGAAUUACAGCCUGUGAGCUGGCCAAUGGCCAUGUCCCCUUUAAGGAUAUGCCUGCCACACAGAUGCUGCUGGAGAAACUGAACGGCACCGUGCCCUGCCUGUUGGACACCAGCACCAUCCCCGCCGAGGAGCUGACCAUGAGCACCUCGCGCUCUGCAGCCAAUCCUGGCCUGAGCGAGAGCCUGGCCGCCGGCACCCCCAGGACCUCCAACGGCGACGCGCCAUCCCACCCCUAUCACCGCAGCUUCUCCCCCCACUUCCACCACUUCGUGGAGCAGUGCCUGCAGCGCAGCCCCGGCGUCAGACCAAGUGCCAGCACCCUCCUGAACCAUUCCUUUUUCAAGCAGAUCAAGCGACGUGCCUCAGAGGCUUUGCCUGAGUUACUUCGUCCUGUCGCCCCGAUCACCAGCUUCGAGGGCAGCCAGUCUCAAGAUCACAGUGGAAUCUUUGGCCUCGUAACAAACCUGGAAGAGCUGGAGGUGGACGACUGGGAUUUCUGAGCCUCUGAAAAAGAGGUGCACAUUUUCCAGCACAGGACAUGUGAGCCACUGGGGGCCCCUCCUGAGUGCUGACCACAUGCCCACCCUCCUGGGUGCAGACUGAGUAGAAAGAACAUUUCUGCCAGGAGAGUUGCCUGCUUCCUGACAAGGAAAGAAAUUCCUGGAGAGAAACUUUACUGCCCCAAGGCUUCCCAACAACCAGGGGUCCGGAGGGGCCAGAAGGCUAACAACAUUCUCAGCCCUGAGAGCUCAGGUGUCCUCUUCAGAAGGAAGAGAUGCCGUUCCGGCCCUCGGGGCUGCAGUUCAAGCCCAGGGUUUGACUCACGGACACCGGGAACCGUGUGACUCCCUCUUCCACUCUAGCUCUCCCACCAGCCAGAUUCCAUUCUUUCCCUGCGCGCUCAGAUCCUGCGGGUCCAAGGAGGGGCAAGCAAUAAGCGGUCCACGCUCCCUCCCCUGACUUCUCCCUAAUAAUUGAACGGAAGGGUAUUUUUUUCUUUUUAAGCACUAGAUUAAGGCUGGGGCAGUUUAUCCUUGUCCCAGUGUAUCCUUAUCCUUGGGCCCUGACACCUAACACCUUCCCGUAAUUCAUCUUCGUAGUGCAUUUCUUUCCCACCAAGAGUCCGUCUUAACCACCCCCAGCCAGCCGCCUUGGUGCUUUCUCCAAGGGCCAUAAUGUCUUGCCUAGCCGGAGGGCUUAAGUCCGUAUGCUGUGUUAGUUUUAUUGCCAGAACAAAUUAAAACUUUCAGAGAAUCCA